AGCACUGUAUCCUGGUCGUGCGGCUCCUCAUGAAGUGAAACAUCAUGCACCUGCAGCCAGAACAGCUGGAAAACCCAGGCAGACCCCCUGUCUGCAUAUGACCCAGCUGGCUUUUUUGAUGCCGGUAAAUAAAGUGACAUAAAGGCGUAAAAAACAGCAGGUUGAUAGGCGGGACUUCCUCCGGAGCCCAACUAACUGCCCGACUGUUUAUCUCGCCUUGCAGCGCAGGGAUCGCGACAGCGUCGCGUCUGAUAACGAGGUUGUGUCGUUACACAUUGCAUGAUGCAGCGCUGCUUACUCCGGGGAGGCUGCAGUCCUCUCUUCUGCCUGUGGGCCUUGCUGCUGCUCCUGCCGCCGGCCUCCCUGCAAACCCCCAACCAGCACGAGCAUCGGGAGCACGGCGACAAAGACCGACCCAAGCUGCUGCUGGUGUCCUUCGACGGCUUCCGCUGGGACUACAUCGACCGCGUCCCCACUCCCAACUUCCGCAGCGUCAUGGACGAGGGGGUGAAGGUGGAGUAUGUGGAGAACGCUUACAUCACCAAAACCUUUCCCAACCAUUACAGCUUGGUGACGGGGCUGUACGCCGAGACGCACGGCAUCGUGGCCAACGAGAUGUACGACCCCGCUCUAAAUCUGUCCUUCUCCAUGGAGACAGAUAGCAUCUACGAUUCACGGUGGUGGGAGGAGGCCGUGCCCCUGUGGGUAACCGUUCAGAAGGCCGGGGGACGUAGCGGGGCUGCCAUGUGGCCGGGCUCUGACGUGAAGAUCCACGACACCUUUCCUACCCAGUACCUCCUAUACAACGCCUCGGUCUCCUUUGAGGCCAGAGUGCAGAGGAUUAUCGAAUGGUUCUCUGCACCCGAUGACAAAGCCGUGGAUUUUGGGGUUCUUUACUGGGAGGAGCCGGAUGAGAGCGGCCACAACCUGGGACCUCAGAGCCCUCUGAUGGAUGCGGUCAUCGCUGGGAUUGACGAGAAGCUGGGCUUCCUCAUCAAUGAGCUAAAAAAGUCUGGGCUUUAUGAGAAACUGAACCUUGUAGUUACCAGUGACCACGGGAUGGCACAGCUUUCCCACGAGAAGAUCAUAGAGCUAGAUGAAUACGUGGACAGAGACCUGUACACCUGGGUGGACAAGAGUCCAGUGGUGGGAAUCCUACCCAAAGAAGGGAAACUCAAUGAGGUGUACAGUUUGCUCGUGGACGCAAACCCGAACAUGGUGGCGUACAAGAAGGACAACGUCCCCGAGCACCUGCACUACCAGCACAACGUCAGGAUCAUGCCCAUCCUGCUGGAGGCCAAGGAGGGCUGGACCAUCAUGCAGAACAGGACCGGACACUUCAUGCUGGGAAACCACGGCUACGACAACACCUUACGCAGCAUGCAGCCCGUGUUCGUGGCCCGGGGGCCCGCCUUUCAGCAGAAUUACGUCAAAACGUCCAUGCACUCUGUCGACCUCUACCCCCUCAUGUGCCACAUCCUGUCCAUCGCGCCUCUACCCAACAACGGUUCCCUGGUGAGGGUUCAGGAUCUCCUCUCCUCAGUGCCGACCGCCCCCGCGCCCACUCAGCUGCCCCCACCCAUCCCCCCCGAGGUCCCGGGCUACUCCUACGCCCCGGUGGUGGGUUCCUUCAUCGGCGUGGUGAUGGUGCUGGGCUUCCUGGUGGUCUACAUCAUUCUAGUGACUCUCAAACAGCAGCCCGCUCUAAAACGCAGAAGCUGGGAGAUGUCCCAGCCCUUACUGCAAGAGGACUUGCACCUGUAGCUGCAGAAGCAGAGGAGGAAAGAAGAAGAGGUAUUUUUCCUUAAGGUACUCUCUUCUGCCCAGAAGUAUCUACGAAACAUUUCCCCUUACACCACUAAAUGUGAUUGUGCUGCUCUUUACAUCGAUCGGAGAUCAAGGGAAUCUAAUUUUAGCCUAAUCACUGGUAGCGAUAGAUUAAUCACAAGAGAAAUGUUAACUGUAUUUACUUCUGGUGCAAGCUUAAUCAAAAUAGUGAGCCUUUACAUGUUUUUCGGGGGGUUUUUUGUGGCUUUGAUUGUGAAUUUUACUUAAGAUCUCAACAUUUUCAUCGUCAUGUACUAAAUAGAUUAAAUGCUAAGAGUGGAAGUUUAACAGUGGAUUCUGACAAGUGUGUGUUUUGUGGUGGCCAAAGCUAAGACUUGACUGAGGUCGAGGUGUCGGUGUGCUCGAAGUGAACUCGUUUCCUAGAAGUCUUCGUGGAUGUUGUUUAAGGCCAGUUCCAAAAAAAACCUGUGAUGCCCUUGGAACUCUGAUGGGAAGUCCUUGAGGAUCCUUGUAGACCCACAUGUAGCACGAAAACCCCCCGUGAUGCCCAACCAGACGAAAAGAGUUAAGAGCAGUUUCCAUGAAAGUGUUUGCACCCUGUUUGGAGGAGAAAUGACAUCCGUGUUCCUCAUACCUUGAUUAUUCAUCAUCAUGACAUACAUUCAGAUGUCUGUAUUGACGGCCGUCGGUGUCUUCUCGUUAUAUUCGUUGGAUACAGCGUAUAUGUGCUAAGUAGAGUGACAUCUGGAGCAAAAGAUAUUCCAAAUCAAGUCUAAGGACUUAUCCACAUGUGCACUAGAAACGGGGAGUGACCAGAAGAGAGCUUUUCACUUGUUAACUGAUGGUAAUAUUAGUGGCAUGAACCUUUUGAAUACAUUGAUUUGCAGAAACAAUGAAAGGGCUCAUCGCCAGGGGGGGCUGGAAGCAGCAGAUGUUAAAAGGCAGACAACUGUGCACACUAGGGCUGGGCGAUAUAUCGAGAUUUUAAUAUAUAUCGAUAUAUUUUCAAACGCGAUAUGGUACGAGACAAUAUCAUUUAUAUCGAUUUUAAAUUAUUAUUUUUUUUGUUUUUUUUUGUUUGGAUUUUGAUAUACCGUAUUUUCUGGACUAUAAGCCGCUACUUUUUUCAUAGGUUUUCAACCAUGCAGCUUAUACAAAGGUGCGGCUAUUCUGUGGAUUUUUCUUCCACCGCUCGGGGCGCUUUAACCGGAAUUAGAAUCAAAACUAAGACAAAAUAAAUGCAAAGAAGAAUACGCUACUUCUUCUUUAGCAGAUAGAAGUAGGUAGAAGCAGAUUUCAAACAGAUAAAUAGAUAAAUAAAUACCGGUUAUUUUCUCUUGGUUCUGUCCCGUUUUAAUCAGCAAAGUUUCUGCCGUGUUAAAAGGAUCUAUUUAGGUACAAACAUGUACAUCAUUUACAGUUCAAAAUCCUUCUGUACAUGUAGUAAAUAUCUAAUCUAACAACAGAAAUAUCUGCGGCUUGCAUAUCUUUUUUUUUUAAAUAGAGCGGAUGCGGCUUAUAUACAGGUGCGGCUUAUAGUCCAGAAAAUACGGUAGCUUAUUUUGUGGGAUAUUUGAUAUUUGUUUUAUUUUAUUCAAGAAGCAUUUUUAUUCUAUAUAUGCAGGCAGUUUUUUUUUAUUUCAUUUGUUUUAUACAUGUUGAUAUUGUGCAGACCUCUGUUAAUAAAGGAACCUGUGUGACAUUUGGCACGAGGCUUUGUAUUAAAACUGACUGUUUUUUUAAGGGUUUGCCUCAGAAAAAAAUGAAGCUAACAGAGAUGCUAUGCUAUAAUGCUUUGGGGGAAACCCCAAUUAUGUCACAGAAAAAAUAUCGAUAUAUAUCGAGUAUCGCCAUUCAGCUAGAAAAUAUUGAGAUAUGACUUUUGGUCCAUAUCGCCCAGCCCUAGCGCACACCUUCAGACAAUCUCACCUCUAUGGCUUUCUUAGCCUUGCACUCAUUCGUUCACAGGGAAGCUGAACUAACAUGUGAAGAUUUUCAGACCCCCAUUUACUCUCUCGCCUCCGCUUUCAUGGCUAGCUGACUGAAAGUUACCAAAGCCAUCACCCGACAGUCCAGCAAGCAGUUCCUCCGAGUCAUACCGACACCUUUACACCCCGAUGGACGGCAGUCGGCUUGAUUUAUGCGACAUUUUCAAAUCUAUGCAAAAACGGAUUUGUAUGUCACGAAGCGAAGGAGGACCAAAGUAUUGUUGACAUUUUUUCCCACCACUCGUUCUUCUUGUGGUCUGAGCACUGAAUAAGAUGUUACUUUUGAUCCACAAAUGCUGUGAUUAUUCUAAAGUAUUCAAAAGCCUCCUGUUGUUUUGGGGAGACUUCCUGGCCGUGGUCACUGUUACUUCUGAAUGUUACGUGGAAGCAGAUGUUCCAUUUAAGACUCAGCGUGUGAGGUUACUUUCAUCUGUGUUGGUCAUUUCAUGAGCUGAUCACGUCACGACGCUGCGCUUUAGUAAUCAUCUACCAUUUGCCUUUAAAACCUAACAGAGAACACCUCUUUAUAGUGUGCAUUUGUUUGUGUCGGUUCGUCUUCUGUAGAGUCCAGAUGUGUUGCGAGGGCAUUCUCCUGCUGUGGUGAUUGUGCACUGCCCUCCUCCACGCUGGCUGUCACAACCAUGGCCAUAUUGUUGGUGAAAUGUGAAGUGCAAUUGCUAUUGGUCAGUAUAUUGAUGUAGGGAUUUUAGGUUUAGUUGUUGUUUGGGUAUGAAGACUUUUUUUUUAGCAUGAUUUGCAAGAACUGAUCCCCUAAUUUGCACUACGGGAAAAAACAGAGGAGAAUAGGGGGGUGAGGUCAGAUGCUUUUUAGGACAUGUAGUCUGUAAUUUGCACUUCUAGCUCGUAGUCGCAAUUUUAAACAUUAAAAAAAAAAAAUACAGGGAAGGUGCCUCUGGCUUAAAAGCUUUUUAAUUAAGUACAUUUUUGAUCAAAGAAGACGGAAUCCAAAUAAACUGCUCCGAUAUUUUUUCAUCACCUUAUGAGAACGAAUUGGUUUAAUUUUCUUUUAGCUUUUCGAUGCAUUGAUUGAAACCUCUGCCCCCCCAAAAAACGACAGACAUCACUGUGAUAUAUGCUUUUUACAAAACUGAAAUUGAUAAAUUUAGAGUAUUUAUAUGCGCACGCACCGUCAAUUUUUUCUGAUCAUUUUAAUAUUUUUAGUGUUGUCUGAUAAUUUCCCCUGAUUUGUUGACAGAUACAUUAAAUAUAUUAGAUUAUAUUUCAAAAUUAUUCAUUUUAAAUUGUUAGAAAAGAAGAAAUGUCCUUUUAUUUGCUUGGAUUUGAAAUGUGGAUGUUUAAUAUUUGACUGAUAAAUUAACUAUCUUUGC